CAACAUUCUAAAGAUUCAUAACAUAAACUUGCAUCUCCUCGCAAGUCAGAACAAUGUCUUCUGCUUUGGUAAACAAUCCUACGCUAGGAAUAAUAGCUAACCGAGAUGGUAUGGCAGAAUCGGAUAUGGAAGACGAAGAGGAGCUAUUUGAAAUUAAUCUUGAGACCGUCAACAACAUUCCACCACCCCAUUACUGGGAAAGCUACUUCACUGCAACUGGGAGUGCACUUCUUGCCAACUGUCUGUUGCCGAUUGCUGAUGUUUCUAGCGCAGUUCCGGCCAUGUCUAAAGCUUGUAACAUGUUGGAGAUGGAAGGACUUCCAAAUUUUGUUUUCGCUGCGGAAUCCGCAAAUGUGAUACCAUUUUCAGCGAAAUUUCUUUGGAACACCACUGGGUUACAACACAGUGAAUUAGGAGCAUGAAAUUUUGAUUUCUUGGUUGGUGGAGUUAAUGCAGAUUUGCAGACAAUUAUACGCGCACAAAAGCCGGUUUUCAGAUGACAACAGUAUGAGAGAAGUUAAUCAAGGGGUUAUAUUGGA